AUGUCCUCUUCGCACGGCGCGGCAAAGCGCCUCCUCCAGGAACUCAAGUUUUACAGCCAAGACCCUAAUGACGCGCUGAUCAGUCUGGGCCCUGUCAGCGAUGACCAGUUGUUUCAUUGGGAGGCUGUCAUGAAGGGAGUCAAUGGGACUGCGUAUGAAGGCGGUCUGUGGAAACUCGAUAUUCGAGUGCCAGAGAAUUACCCUCUUGCGCCGCCCGAAGUCAAGUUUGUCACUCCCAUUUGCCAUCCGAAUGUCCAUUUCAAGACUGGCGAAAUUUGUCUAGAUCUGUUCAAAAGUUCCUGGAGUCCUGCAUACACCAUUACUCAAACGCUUACGAGUGUGCACCAUCUUCUCAGCGACCCAGAGCCAGAUAGUCCAUUGAACGUGGACAUCGCUCAACUUCUGCGAGCAGGCGACAAGCUUGGUGCAGAUAGUCUAGUACGAUACUACACAAGAGAAUUUCGGUAUAAGAACUAG